UGUAUCAUUGUGUCCGGCCUCGCUCUCUGAUCGGAGUGUCUGUGUGGAUGAAGUGUUCCAGCUAAUCUCCAAAAAACAACAUCAUACAGUCCUAAUUACCUAAAACAUUGGUCCUUCGAGCCGGAUACUUCACUCAUAUCAGCAAAAUGGACACAAAUAAAGCAAUAGAACGGCCACGGCAGCUACCAGCUCACCUCCAGGACUACCAGGUUAGCCUUCCUCAGUCAUUGAUGCCUUAUGCUGCCACUCAUCAGGAUGACAAUCUAGGUGCCAGUGCACAGCAGCUGCAGUCCCUCAGCCUGCAGACCAAGUCUGCUAUUCAAGAUGGCCAGCUACUUUCAGCACUCGGGCUCUCACAGUGUCAUUCCCCAGCGGCGGCAGUCGAUAAGGUAAGCCAGUGUAACACAGUACUACAAGCUAAUACCCAGCCUGGCUCACCAGUGGUGUGUGAAAGGACCCUAUCUCCUGCCCUAAGUGAAUGCAGCCUGCAAAGUUAUCCCAUCACAGAUGACUGCCCAAGUGAACCUAGUUCUCUAGCAUCACACCAAGCAAUACCUGUUAAGUUAAGUCUCCGGCAAGACAGUACAAC